CUCCUCGCUGCAGCUGGGGCUCAGUCGCUGCUGCCACCGCCGUGGACAUGGAACCACCGGACGCCAGGGCAGGGACGCACAGGGCCCCGCAGCUGCUGGCUCUGGUGCUCCUGCUGGGGGCGUACCCAGGUGUCCAGGCUGAGAUGCAGGUGUCUGUGCCCUCCUUGGUGGAGGUGAUGAGGGGGGCGUCUGUCACCCUGAACUGUACCCCGUUGGGGGUCCAUACAGAGUAUGUGCUGAAAUGGUUCCUGACGGACCGCGCCAAGGGGCGCCGCCUCGUGGCCGAGGCCCGAGUGCAGGGCUCUGAGGUCCAGGCCAGUGUGAAGGACUCCCUGGGCCGCAGUCCCCCAUACCGGCUGGACCCCCCGGGGCGCCUGGUGCUGGACGAAGCCCAGGUGAGUGACGAGCUGGACUACGUGUGCGUGGUGACGGCAGGGGCGGCGGGCACCGCGGAGGCCACCUCGAGGCUCCAGGUGUUCGCAAAACCAGAGGCCACCGACGUCUCCCCCAACAAAGGGACACUCUCCGUGACAGAUGACUUUGCCCAGGAGAUCGCCACCUGCCACAGCCGCAACGGGAACCCCCUCCCUCGGAUCACGUGGUACCGGAACGGGGAGCCCCUGCAGGUGCCCAUGGAGAUGAACGCAGAUGGCUACAUAACCAGCCGCACCAUCCGGGAGGCCUCGGGUCUGCAGUCGCUCACCAGCACCCUGUACCUGCGGCCCCAAAAGGCCGAUCGGGACGCCGAGUUCCACUGCUCGGCGCACUUCAACCUGCCGCGGGGCCAGCACGGCCGCCUGGACAGCCAGGCCUUCCGCCUCACCCUGCACUAUCCCACAGAGCAUGUGCAGUUCUGGGUGGACAGCCCGGCCACCACGGAGGGCUGGGUCCGAGAGGGGGACUCUGUGCAGCUGGUUUGCCGUGGGGACGGCAAUUCCAGCCCGGAGUACAUCUUCUUCCGCCUGCAGGACAAGGAGGAGAAAACGCUGAAAACAGACUUUUCGGGGAACUGGACCCUGGAGAAGGUGCAGCGGAACCAGACCGGGACCUACGGCUGCAGGGCAGAAGACUUCGAUGCCGAGGACGAUGCCGAGCUCUCCCAGACCCUGGAGCUGCGCGUGGCCUACCUGGACCCCAUCGAGUUCAGCGACCAGGAGGAGCUUUCCUCCACCCUGGGCAGCACCGUGUCCACCAGCUGCUCCGUGCAAGGCCUGCCGGCCCCUGCUCUACGCUGGACCAAGGACUCGGUGCCCCUGGGGGACGGUCCCACGCUGUCUCUCAGUUCCCUCACCUUCGACUCUGCCGGCACCUACGUCUGCGAGGCCCACACGCCCACCGUCCCCCUCCUCAGUCGCUCCCGGAUCCUCACGCUGCUGGUGGAAGGGCCACCGGAGAUCAAGGAGGAGGGGAUUCAGCCCCAGGCGGAGGGCAGCUGGCACGAAGGAGACGAAGUGAAGCUGGUCUGCCUCGCCCGCAGCUACCCGGAGCCCAAACUCACCUGGAGCGAACUGGGCGGCAGCCCCACAGAGCCGGCCCCCAAAAGGCAGGGCUGGGUGAGCAGCUCCCUGACCGUGAAGCUGACCAACGCCAUGAGCCAGAAUGGCGUCUCCUGUGAGGCCUCCAACCCACACGGGAACACACGGCAUGUCUUCCACUUCGGCCCUUUGGCCCCCCAGACCUCCCAGGCUGGAGUGGCCGUCAUGGCUGUGGCCGUCAGCGUGGGCCUCCUGCUCCUCGUGGUCGCCGCCUUCUACUGCAUGAGGCGCAAGGGCCGCUCCGCCUGCUGCCGACGGGAGGAGAAGCGGGCUCCGCCCCCUGGGGACCCAGAGCUGAGCCACUCAGGGUCCCAGCAGCCAGAGCAGACGGGCCUGCUCAUGGGAGGUGCCUCUGGAAAAGCCAGGCAUGGCAGUGGGGGCUUCGGAGACGAGUGCUAAACCUGAGGACCUCCAAGAGGGAGUCAUUGGACCCAACCUGGAGUUGCAGGCAUCGGAGAACCAGCCCCGCUCACGCCCUGCCCACCCCCGCCUUCCCGGCCUUCCCUCUCCCGCCCACCCUUCCUUCCUCUGCAAGCUGGGCAGGGACCUACAGACACUGCGGGGAAGGAGGGAGGGUGCGCUGCUGGGCGGGAGGGGACCUUCCUCCUGGGAGAAUGACUCUCCCAGGCCCCAGAAUAGCUCCUGGACCCAAGCCCAGGGCCCGGCCUGGGACAAGGCUGCGAGGGUCGGCUGGCCGAGGCUAUUUUUACCUCCCGCCUCCAUCGCUGGUCCCCCCACCUGACGUCCUGCUGCAGAGUCUGACACUGGAUUCCCGCCCCCGCUCUGCCCCCUCAUCACGGACACUGGAGUCUGGAAUAAAUGCUGUCUGUCACGUCGACACCA